AUGGCACACAAAGAAUUUUCAUCCACAUCUUUUCCCUCAAAUUCUAACCCUCCAAACUCUAACAAUGAUUCCUCAGAAAACAACCUUAGUAUUUUUUCUACACACUCAGAUAACCCUUUUACCAUGGUGGAAGGCAACAACGAGAUCAUGGUCUCUCACACCACUACCACCACCAACAACAAUGACACAUUGGUGAUGCCACCAUCAUCAUCUUCACAACUGUCCUCUGAUAGGUAUAUGGAUCUCCGUCAAGAUCCACCAAAGGUCAUUCCCAAAUCCUCCACCAAAAAACGAAUGGGUAGACCUUUGGGCUCUAAGAACAGGCCCAAAGCACGCGUCAUUGUCGAGGAAGACAAGGAAACCUUCACAGAAGUAGUUACACUUCAAAUCCCACUUGGAGAAGAUAUUGUGGAGCAUAUAAUCAAGUAUGCUCAACAACGUCAAGCUAACAUAAUAGUGUCGAGGGGUUUCGGUCUUAUUUCUAACAUUACCUUUCUUGAUCCAGUAUCACGUGUCCCAUUAUUACCCAUCGAAGGACCCGUGCAUAUGACAUCUCUAUUUGGAACAUAUAUAAAUCCAAAUUGUGAAUGUCCUCCUCGAAAAUUCAUAACUGAUCCACCAUGUUCCUCUUUUACCGUAUAUUUCUCUAGUCCUAAUGGAUAUGUAUUUGGUGGAAUUGUUGGUGGAAAGGUUAAGGCUGCUGGUGUUAUUUUGAUUAAUGCUACUCUUGUUUGGACAACUUUGUUCCACAGGGCAAUCUCCUCCAAUAGAAAUGUUCGAGAAAAUGAAGAGGGUGGACCAAUAUAUGUUGAUGGUGGCAUCACUAAUGUUAAUCAUGUAGCAUAUGAAUCUGACAACAACAGUAAUAACAACAAUGUUUUUCAUAUGCCUACUAGCUUUAAUGGUGUGGAUGCUAAUUCAACUCAAUUGAAUUAUCAACUUCCCUCUCAAUAUCUUCCUAUUGAUGAGAACGUCAUUGAUGAGAACUUCAUGCAGUGGAACCACUCCAAUCACCCUCAUUAUUAG